AUGGCGAGUUUCAACCCCAAAAUUAAUGAUGCAGAUGUACCCGUAAUCAUAGUAGGCGCAGGCGUGUUUGGACUAAGCACCUCUUUACACCUUGGCCGUCGAGGCUUUCGGAACGUGGCUGUUUUCGACAAGCAACAAUAUGACGAAGCGCAGUAUUCAUAUCUGAAGGGAUGUGACGCGGCGUCGGCUGAUUUCAACAAGAUCAUCAGAUCUGCUUACGGCGAACAGACUGAGUAUCAAGAUCUUUCGACUGAAGCGUUGCAAGCCUGGCGAAUUUGGAACAAUGAACUGGAAAAUGGAUCCUGUGUCCCGGAGGGCAUGAAAACUUCAGACAGGGUUUUCAUCAACAAUGGCAAUCUAUCGUUUACCAACCAAGCAGAAUUGCCACCCUUUGAACUUGCUUCCGUUCACAACCUGGAGAAGGCAGGAAUCCCGAAUACACAAUUGAUUACUGGAAAUGAAGAACAUAUUGCUCUCGCCAAAAAGAAGAAUAUCUCGUAUGGCAUCGAUCCUUUUGAUUGCAAAACGAAAGGCAAGUCAUAUAUUGGUGUUUUCGAUACGACGGGAGGAACCGCGGUGGCAGACAAGGCAUGCAGAGUUGCACUUCACAGGGCAAAAACAUAUGGUGUUCAAUUUGUGCUCGGGUUAGGGAAAGGUGAAUUUGAGUCGUUCUCAUAUGACUCAGCAGAGAAGGUCAACGGCAUCCGAACUCGAGACGGCAAAACACACUUUGCGAAAAUCGUUGUUAUAGCUUGUGGUGGCUGGUCUCCUGGGUUGAUACCGCAACUGGACGGGCUUUGUGAGACCACAGCUGGCUCGGUCAUCCAUCUGAGAAUACCUCCCGACUCUCCACUUUUCGGUCGAUUUGCGCCUGAAAAUUUUCCAACAUGGACCUACAGGGUAAGAGAUGGUCCGGAGGGCGGUCUGUACGGGUUUGCGCGUGAUGAACAAGGUUACAUGAAGAUCGGUUAUAGGGGGACAAAGUAUACGAAUCCGCAGCAACAAGCAGAUGGGUCCGAAAGGAGCGUACCUAUCACCAGAUAUACUGAAAACGAGCAGCUAACUCAGAUACCGAAGCAGGCGAUGAGAGUCAUGAAGGCUUUCGUGAAAGAAUACCUCCCAGAACUGGCAGCCGAGGGCAUCAAUGUCUCGUUCUCAAGGCUCUGCUGGUACACGGAUUCGUUCGACAACCACUUCGUUAUUGAUCGGCUCCCUGGCCAGAGCUCGGUUCUGGUAGCCACGGGCGGGAGUGGCCAUGCCUUCAAGUACUUGCCGAUUAUUGGCAACUGGGUCGUUGACAUCCUUGGGGGCAUCGGCCUCGAAAGGGAGCUGGUUCAGAAAUGGCGAUGGCGGCAUAGCAAAGAUGACACCGAGGUUGUGAAUAAACUCAUGGAAGGCACAGCGAGCUCGAGAAACUUGCGAAGAGUACCCCUGACGACUGACCACGAUCUAGAAUCACAGCUGCAGAACAAGAUGUAG